AUGAAGCUCCUCACAUCGCUGCAGCUUUCCGUGCGACGAGCAGCGCAAAGACAAAUAUUAUAUGAACUCAGUAACUCACAAUUGACACAUCAACCACCUGCAACAUCAAUAUGUCCACAUCGCCCCUUCUCAACAACCACCUCCAACCUCUCCAAACACAACCACUCAACACCACCACCACCACCAUUAUCACAACAACAGACCGAGUCCUCCAUAUCCCACAAGAUCCGUCUCCUCAUGCGCUGCAUCCCGCACCCCGUUGCCAUCGUCACCGCCUCCUCACCCUCACCAACCACAAACCAAAAACCAAUUCCCAGAGGAAUGACAGUUUCCUCCUUCAACACCGUAACCCUCCACCCAAAACCAAUAAUAACAUUCAACGUACGCCAACCCUCCGAGACACUCGCCGCAAUACAAUCCUCAGGACGAUUUUUAGUCCAUUUACUCGCGCCCACUGCAUCAAUGGCGCGGUUAGCGCGGAAUUUUUCGAGGGGCAAUGUCAAUGUUGAUUUGGAUCGAUUCGAAUACAUCGAGCAUGGUGAGAUGGAUAAUAAUGGGGGGUCUACAAUAUUACCGCAGCUGAUUCGAAGGCGGAUUAAUAACAACGACAACGACAACGAAACGAUAUGUGACGAUAAUAAACUCGAGGAGGAUUUCACAUUUAUACUUGAAUGUGAAUAUCUACCUGAGAAAUCGGUGCAGGUGUAUGAUCAUAUGAUUGUGCUUGGGAAUGUGAAGCGGAUAAUAGCACCUGGUCCAAAUGCCUUGGAUGAAGGGAAGCGGCAUACAAGAGAGGAUUUUUGUUUGAUGUAUGCUGAUACCCGGUUUUGGGGCAUGGGCGAGGAGACGUCGUGA